GGCAGCCAACCGAUCAUUUCGGAAAUGUGUGUAUUCUUCGAUCGAUGAUUGACAAUUAGUGCUCGAAAUACAAAAGAUGCAGACUGGAAAUGACAUCUCUAAUCUGUCGUACAAGGAACUUCAAGCCCUGGCACUGCGGUACAGAGUCCCGGGUAAUAUCAAGAAGCAGCUUCUAAUCGAGGUCCUGCACGCUGCGAGAUGUGGAAAUGAACAAGAAGUGGACAAAUUGCUGGCCGAUAUGAGACAAACUCGCAAGAAGAGAAUACGUAAAGGGAAACCAAUGAAAUUGAGCUUAUCUUCAACACCUAUUCACAGCCCCGUUUACGACAUGGCCGACGAUUAUUACGCAGCUCAACAUCGUCUGCCUUAUCAAUGGGUCGGGGCCGAGGAAGAAAUCUCAAACAGGCAAGAUGAGUCGAAUCGUGUUCCACAGUAUGAAGAAUUUCGCCAAUUUCUGCUCCGUCGUAUACAAAGAGAUUAUCAAACGUACAACACGAACAACGAUGACAACAACAACAAUAACAACAAUAACUUAAACAUGAACGACAGGUUGAACUCUGUCAAUCACAGUGGUCUGAUAGUUACCAGAAACGAAGUUGACCAGACCACAAGCAUCGCCCCGUUAAACAGCUUGGAAACAGUCCAGCCGUACUCUGAACAAGUUCACUUACAAAAUGGAGCAUUUGACUACCAAAUUCUGGAUGAUCCGACCGGUAACGGAAACACAUCGAUAUUGCUCAGGCGGAUGCUUCAAGCACCGGUCGGUGCAGAUCUGGGGGAAAUCGCGAGCCCUGAGGCACAGCCGCAAGGCUCGAGUUGCCGAGUUUGGGGGGGCGCCGAAUACAAUCAGGGCCAAGCCAAUCUGCUCGAUAAUUCCGACACCCUGUCCGCUAACUCGGACAUGAAUGGGAACGAGGAGAUCAACAACUGGCCGAUCGGCUCCGAGUAUUACAAAUUCGUCAACAGUGUGAGGGAUCAGUUAAUCCUGAAUCCUGGCAACGUGACGGCCGGUCGAGCUUUCGACGAUCAAACGGUCCUUGGAGGACAGUUCUCUGGAAGCGUUCUCAACCCGGGGGAAAGUCCGGGUGUACAGUACCAGCUGCUUUACGCCAACCAGCUCACCGACGUUCAACCUAACUGUCCGCAGCCGUGGGAAAUGGUGCGGGCCGCCGCUCCUUUCGACGUGGACGAUUUGAACGACGACAAAGUCAGGAACUACGCGGCGAAGACGCUGCCUACAGCCGGUAGCUCGUACUACGACGUGGCGAACGUCGUGGAUUACGCGAGUUCCAGGCCUCUGGAGUACGAUCAGGAUCCUCUGCAACAAGACUUUCCCACCGAAGAGGGGGCUGCAACUCUUUAUCCAGGUAGUCAGAACGGUACCGUCGAUCACUGCGGCAACAACGUCUUGGAUCCUUCACGGUCCGAAAGAAAGUUUUACCGCGACAUGAGCAAUGGUUCGGAGAUUUACUCGCCUCAGCAUCCAGCGAAGCAGAUCAACGAAACUGCCUGCAAUUAUUCCUUUGUCAAACCUCUCAGUUAUUCAGGGAAUUACAACGCGUCCUCCGAUAUUCAGCAACAAGCCACUGCUGGCUUUCCGCCCUUGAUGCAAAAUCUGUCGUUCACCUCCACCUCCACCUCCACCUACAAACAAAUCGAUAAUUUUUCUCAGUUGCAAACAACGCAAAGCGAAGCAUUCAACCGUUCUGGUAAUUUUGGGUAUUAUACUUACAAUGGACUUCGAAAGGUUGACGAUCAUCCAACGAUCGAUGGUCAGCAGUUGUGUAUCGAGGCCGGGGGCAUGCCGAUCACAGUGCCGAAGUCGGAAUUAGCGGAAGGAGGGACCAGAGCUCGGAGUCAGAACAAAACUGUGCUGAUGGGGAGCGCUUCAACGACUCUGGAGUCGGACGUUACGACGAGUUUGGAACCUUUCUGGCCCCAGAGACCAGCGACCAGCAAGAUGACGGGAAAUUAUCUUGAGAAUAUGUUGAACUUGAACACUUACGGGUACAUAGAUUACUCGAGAAUCGAUCAGACUUCCUGCAUCUACUGCUACGCCGCCCCGAUUGUUACCCAACGAUUGUCUUCCAGUAGUUUGCCUGCAUGCUCGCAGAAACGCCGGUUUAUCGCUGAGUACAGGCAGCACACUUUCUCACCGUACUGGCUUUUAUACGAUGACACUAGGACCGGCAUGCAGAUGUCGAAAAAUAUCAAGGUUAUCGAUAACGAUAAGGACUCAAUCGAAUCCCGUGCUAAGUGCGACAGAACAAUCCCUGCUGAUUCCGAGGGUGACGCUAACGGCAACGAGUAUAAUAUCUCAUCGUCGCAAGCGGUCCAACUGGAUGUAAAUAAUACGCAGAAUGUCGAACUGAAUGGCAAUAAUUUGCAAGCGUUUCAGCUAGACGAAGAACAGAUAACCGGAGGAUUCGUUGUGGAAGAAUGUCCGUCUGCCAACCGAUGCGUUAGCGAAGAAAUGUCAUCGCCAGAAUCAAAAUGGCCCGAACAGCACGUGAAGUCCGUAAUCACGCAUAGCGACAGUAACGACCGGGAAAAUACGCAGUUAUUGCCGAAUUUGGGGAACAUAAGCCCUAAAGAUCGAGUCAACCGGGAUGUAAUCUCUAAUAGCGCUGCUACGGAACGGGGCGUUCCGAACUCGAAAGCGAAAGACUAAGAACUUUUCUUUAUGUAUUAUUGUAUCACUUUCGUAUUUUUGUAAACUUUAGCAAAGAUAUACAUUUUCAUCACGCUAGUCACAAAGUGUCGAAUG